AUGUCAUGUUGUCUCAUGUUGAAUAACUCAUUUUUAGACAACAAUUGUGGCUGACACGUUUAGUCCCAAAUUGAGGACAAUCGUAUUUCUGCCAUUUGUGGUUAAAGAAGAUGAAUUCACUCCUCAAGGUGGACAAUGAACUUAAUCUUAAGGUCGAUGUUUUCAGACAACGAAUUACUGGGGAGGCGGAGAACCUAGUUGCAAGUUUUUUCCCAAAUAAGUUAUUGGAACUUGACCAUUUUCUCAAGGAUCCCAUUUUAAACAUCUGUGAACUUAAAGAGAUACACUCAGAAAUCAACUUGACAGUGCCAGACCCUAUUCUACUCUCAAACCUCCACGAUGGACUUGAAGCGCAAAAUGCCAAAAAGAGGAAAAUGGAAGAUGGUACUGGGGAGGACAAGGUGGCUGGCACCAAGGUCUUUAUCAUGCCUAGUGGGAUGAUGAAGAGCAACACCAAGCUGGUGGACUUGAUCGAGAAGGUCAAGCCAGAGAUUAGGACACUCAUAGAGAAAUGUAACACGGUAAAAAUGUGGGUUCAGUUGCUUAUCCCAAGAAUAGAAGAUGGCAACAACUUUGGGGUUUCAAUUCAGGAGGAGACAGUAGCUGAACUCCGAACAGUGGAGGGGGAAGCAGCAUCGUACCUCGACCAGAUAUCUGGAUACUACAUCACAAGAGCAAAGCUAGUGUCCAAAAUAGCAAAAUACCCACAUGUGGAGGACUACCGGCGCACAGUGACGGAGAUUGAUGAGAAGAAAUACAUCAGCCUCAAGGUCAUAGUUUCAGAGCUGAGAAAUCAAUACGUAACGCUAUACGACAUGAUCUUGAAGAACAUUGACAAGAUCAAGAAGCCUAGGAGCAGCAAUGCUGAAGCAUUGUACUGAGACUGACCCAGCCACACUUCCCGUUCCCUUCUUCUGCCAGCUGUCAAAGUAGCAGAAGGACUAGAGCUAGACCAUCACUACCAGAUCAGUACAAUCCAGGAAACCAUGGUCCCGGUAUCUUUUGAUUUGUAAAAUAUGGUCAUUGUUUUAAAAUCCUUCGAAGAGUAUGAGGUCUCUCGACGAACCGUGAGCAAUGGCUCCGGGAAAAGAACGCUAUGUAUUUUUUUAUUAUAUUAAAACCAUUUUGUCCAUGCA